GAAAUUCAACCACAUCGUGAAUUUUUUAGAAAAGAAGUUACUAGAGGUGAGUAUGUCAACUCAUUUCAUUUUUAUUUUGACUGGACAAAACAAAAGUGAGAUAACACGCUUCACACAAAUAUCAGUUGUGCAAUGUGAUUCACAUGUAUAUUUCAUGCAAGAAACAGCCGUUGUUCUGUCAUUAAAGCCUACAGUAACCAUGGAUCUGGGAAAGUCAACUUGCCAUUUCUAGAUUUGGGUUUUUCCAAUGAAAAUUGAACUUUUGCAAACUGAACUUCACCAAAUUACUACUGGCAGCAUUUCGUGAAUCCUGAAAUGAAAAAAGAUUAUGGACAUCGCUUACGACCCAAUGACUUAGCCGUAAUCAGUGGGAAAACAUCCCGGCCAGCAAAGUGUCACUCCGAACGUCAAGACUGGCAGCAACAACUGAAUCUCAAAACGGUAUAGCAUUUUGGCCAUGGUCAAGAACGAUACAAUUUUAGCCAGUAAAGAACAUUCCGAAACAAUUCACAUAUCUGUUGUCACAAUAGACAGCAGUUGUCCUGUCCUUAAAGUCUACAGUAAUUAUGGAUCUGGGGCAGUCAAAUCACCAUUACUACAUUUGGGUUUUUCCAGUGAAACUGAACUUUAUUGAAUUAACACUGGCAACAAUUUGUGAAUUCCUGAAAUGGCAGAAGAUUAUGGACAUCCUUUACAACCCAGCCAUUUAGCCAUAAUCAGUGGGAAAACAUCCCGGUCGGAGCAGUGCCACCUCGAACGUCAAGAUGGUCAUCAUCAGCUUCUUGGAGAAACCGAAAUUCACGCCCGCCAAUUGCUAGAAGCUCCAGCUUCGCUUCCACUAAAGAAAAGUCAUUCCAGCGAAGCUGUAAUUGAAUUGACUACGAGCAAGACGAAACGUGUACAUUCCUUCCUCGAUUAUAUUUCUAGUGGGACCAAACUGCACUUCACUUUCGCAAUCGACUUCACUGAUUCCAACGGUGAUCCGCAUAAUCCACCGAGUUUACAUCAUAUUGGACGAGACCCCACGCAAUAUGAGCUUGCAAUGAGAGCCAUCGGAGACGUCAUUCAGGAUUACACUGGGGAAAUGUUUUCGUUGCUCAAUUUCGGCGCCCGCUCGGCUCCAGUUUCACACGAAUUGCACGUUCGUGGCGUAGAAGGCGUCAUUAAUGCUUACCGCUCUUGUCUGCAUUCGAUUCAAUUGGGCCAGACGGGAUGCCUCAGUCCUCCAAUUGAGCACGUCGCACGCUCAGCCAAAAAACAUUUGGAAUGGCGUGGACUCGAUUGCGAUGACUACUUUGUACUGGUUAUUUUGACUUGCAGAGAAAUUGCUGACGCCAGCCAAGUUGCGAAGGCGAUUGCAGAAGCUUCGGAGCUUCCAAUGUCGGUAUUGAUUGUUGGGAUGGGACCGACUUCAUUCACAUCGAUGAAUCGGCUAGAAGAGGACAUACAAAAGCUCAGCCAAAAUGGCCGUAAUGCGGCGAGAGAUGUCGUUCAGUACGCCCAGUUCAACGAGUUUUUAGAGAAAUAUGACGUCACGGCGGGUGGUUUUCAACUGGCCAAGCACAUGCUGGCAGAUAUUCCUGAGCAGAUAGUGUCGUACAUGAAAAUGAAGGGUAUUUUACCAAAGAACAAGGGGAUAUUAUCCAAUCUUUCAAAUUAAAAGCCAAGGCCUUAGUUAAGAAGUUUGUUAUAUUUCCAUCUUUUAUUAUCUAAGUGUUCAUGCAACGAUAGAUUCCAGCUGAGUGAUUAAUAGGAUUAUCACUUGAAUUUAAUAUUUACUUUUUUCACUUAGGGAGCUGUGCAUUUUGGGAAUUAUUGUAAUCUUUAUGCCACUGAAGGUUAUUCUUAGUGACGGAUUCUCCCCUAGCAGCAGCCUUUUUCCCACUUUUGGCUGCAAAUAAUGCCCCAAUCAAGCAAAGAGCUAUGAUGGAUAAGUUAAGUCUUAUACGCAUGAUGUUUCUAGCCUUUUCCAUCAUGUCUCUCCUAAAUUGUAUUUCAUGUUUCAUACUUGAGACUUUUUGCCAAAUUAAUUCAAUUUUCACUUAUGAAACAUAGCCAGGAACAUCUUUUGUAGACUUGAAUUUUUUUGUCCAAACCAGGAAAUAUCUUUCCACUUUACUAACCCUGUGAACAUCUCCUGUAUAAAAUAGAAAUAAUUAAUCAAA